AUGUCAAGACUGGACAUUGCUGGAAAUUUGGAAAGACAUGUCGUACGGCGUACGUUCCCCUUCCUUACGCGUACUGGGGCUUGUCGGAACCUUUUCGGACCGGUGGAUCACGACGAGCUGAAGUGUGAGCUGAAAAGCAAACUCAGAGAAAUCUCCGAGCGAGACCAGACACGGUGGAAUUUUAACUUCGACAAAGAUUCACCUUUGCCAGGGGAAUACGAAUGGCAGGAGGUAUCGUCGAGUUCGACACCGGUGUUCUAUCAGGACUCUAUUCAAAAUGGGAGAACACGAAUUGUUUUGCCGAUUCCCGUGACGCCACAUAAAAAUAAUUCAGCCACAUCGGAGUGUGGUCUACAAAAUGCACUUGUUUCAUGCAUUGGCGAAAAAGAUGUAGUCAGCUCUGGAAGCGUCUUAUGCCAUUCGAGCGAGUCUAACCAGGAGAACCGAUCCGACACACUUAAUGCAGGGAAAACUGAAUCACUAACACCCUUAUUCCGUCGGCAGAAAAAGACAUCAGCGCCUGUUUUGUCUGGAAGCACCAGUACACAGAUCACAGAUUUCUUCUCAAAACGAAAAAGGACGUUUGAGAGUAAGAACAUAGAACGCACUUCGCAACACCCAACUUCCCCAGUCCCGGUGGAACAAACGCCACGCAAGAGGAUGCGAUGA